AUGUUGAGAUUAUGUGUUCCAAGCCGUACGCUACAAACGGUUUCUAAAGGUUUAUCAAAUGGCCAGUUUAGUUCAAAAAUACUAAAAUAUAGAUUUGUUGGAUCCCAACCAUCCACAUUUACUAAGAAUCUCAUUAUAAGAUGGAAUAGUACUCUUUCUGGAAAAAAUGAGUUAAAAACUACAUUUUCUGAAGAGCAACUAGCGUUAGCAAGAGAACAAAGACUUAAAGGGUUAGGUCCAUUUGUAUCUAAAUUACCUGAACGAUGGAUCCCUUAUGCUGAACUAAUGAGGUUGGAAAAACCUGUUGGUACAUGGCUGUUGUAUCUGCCUUGUUCUUGGGCUAUUGUUAUGGGCGCCAUGGAGACAAGUGCAACUUUGGGACAAACAGCUUGGAUGUUAGGUCUAUUUGGAGUCGGUGCGUUGAUAAUGAGAGGCGCUGGUUGCACAAUUAACGAUAUAUUUGAUAGAAAACUCGACGACAAAGUUAUUAGGUCGGUCGAACGACCAAUUGCAUCCAAAAGAGUAUCGGUAAGGAACGCUUCACUAUUCUUAGGGGCUCAAACUGCUGUUGGAAUGGGUAUUCUUGCACAAUUACCAGCUAAUUGUUGGUGGUUGGGCCUGGCCUCUUUACCUAUCGUCUUUGCUUACCCUCUAUUCAAGAGAUUUACUUACUAUCCACAAGCUGCCCUAAGUGCUUGUUUUAAUUGGGGUGCAUUAUUAGGGUUCCCAGCAAUGGGAAUAAUGGACUGGUCUACUAUGAUUCCAUUAUAUGUAGGUUCUUACCUGUGGUGUAUGAUUUACGAUACUAUCUAUGCUCACCAGGACAAAAAAUUUGAUAUCAAAGCAGGCAUUAAGUCUACAGCUUUAGCAUGGGGUAAAAAUACGAAGACCGUAUGCAAUGUAUUAGCCACUUCACAAUUUGCUAUGUAUGCAUUGGCAGGUAUUAAUAGUGGUUUAAUUAUGGGUCCCGGUUUUAUUGGAGGGUUAUCGAUUUUUGCCUAUAGGGUAUUUACCAUGAUUAAGAAAGUAGAUUUGGAUAAUCCAGAUGAUUGUUGGAAAGCAUUUACUGGCAAUAUCAAGACAGGGUUGUACUUCUCCUACGCUUUGUUCUUUGACUACCUAUUACAAUUGAUGGGAUUCCUCUAA